AAAGAUUUUUCAGUUACCACCCAUCCUACGCAGUCCGAGUCAAGCACCUCCUCCUCGCGGUCUGUUUCAGAGCGCCCCCUCAAACACGGCUGGGAGCUACUAGCCUAACACAAGCUAACUAGUCAAGCGUGAGACCGAGACAUUAUCAAGAAAACAUCAAACUAGCUAGCUACCUAUUGGCCAGGUGGUCUGGUCUCUUCUGUCUGUUUUCAGGAAACAAGUUAUGUAACAUGGAGAUAUGAUCACGUGGGAACACUAACCCUAUGAAGUCAUGGCAGCAAUCCGAAAGAAACUGGUCAUAGUGGGAGACGGAGCGUGCGGGAAGACCUGUCUGCUCAUCGUAUUCAGUAAAGACCAGUUCCCAGAGGUCUACGUGCCCACUGUCUUCGAGAACUAUGUCGCUGACAUUGAGGUCGACAGCAAACAGGUUGAGUUGGCACUAUGGGAUACAGCAGGCCAGGAGGACUAUGAUAGGCUCCGUCCCCUCUCUUACCCAGAUACUGAUGUCAUCCUCAUGUGCUUCUCCAUUGAUAGCCCCGACAGUUUGGAAAACAUCCCGGAGAAGUGGACUCCAGAAGUCAAACACUUCUGCCCUAACGUUCCCAUUAUCCUAGUGGGCAACAAAAAGGACCUGCGUAACGACGAGCACACCCGCAGAGAGCUAGCCAAGAUGAAGCAGGAGCCUGUGAAGCCAGAGGAGGGGCGUGACAUGGCGAACCGGAUCAGUGCCUUCGGCUACAUGGAGUGCUCCGCAAAGAGCAAGGAUGGGGUGAGGGAAGUGUUUGAGAUGGCCACGAGGGCGGCGCUACAGGCCCGGCGGGGGAAGCAGAGACAUAAAUGCCUCCUACUGUAAAAGGAGGGAAGGCGUGAGGGACACGGCCUCCCACUGGGUACAAGGGGAACGAUGGAAGAUAAGAAAUUAGGUCUAUUCCCCCCUUCGCUCCAAAAAAAAGACUGUGCUCACCAGUUUUUACUAAAGGUGUAAUGCUUUUAAUUUUCUGUCUUAAAGCAAAACAAGUUAAAUAGUCAUGGUUUUGUCAGUAUUCAAUGUUGAUGAUGGGGGUUAUGGAAAUGCUUUUUUGUACUUGUACAUGAGUGAAUCUGCCAUAUCAACAUUUCCCUUGUGAACCUGUACGGCCAUGUAACUGAUGUAGUCAGCCAGAGGUGUGUGUCAUUAGUCCAAAACGUUCUGCAAUGGAAACUUAAUUUCUAAUGGACAAAUUCAGGUCGGUCCCUCCCCGUUUUUGAUCUGUUUGGUUCCUAGUGAAUACACCCCAGGGGAUCUAUUGUUGUGUCAUACCUGCCAAUUAAGUGCUUGAGCCCUGCCCACUGAACUGAGGAUCAUUUCCACAGCCAAUCAGGGAGGGGUACCUAUACACUGUGACCCAUAGUCUUUAUGAUUCUUUUGUAAUUUUUGAUUUAUGCACAGGCAUAAAAUUGUUGAAAUAAAUGUGCUUCAUAUAAAA